UAUCACGUGUACCAUGGUGCACCAUUGUAUUAUCGUAUUGACUAUAAACAUAAUAUACUAUUAUACAUUAAUACAAUUAUACAUUUAUACCGUAGUUGACAGUUGUUGUAGUUUCGUACUUACAUACUUCAUUACUUCAAUAGGUAGUAAAUUUAUAUGUUUCGGUAUGAAGCACUAUGAACACUGAAACCUUCACUAUUUCAGAACCAUCGCGCAUUUAUUUUUAAAGAUGUUUAAGAAACGCUAACAAAUUGUUCUAAUUUUAAACUGUCACGAAAAGGCAUGAUGUCUAAUAUUAUAUACAACAUUAAAACCACUCCAAUCUAGUUAUCGAAACUAUCUUUAUAUUAACGUUCUAUGGAACACGAAAAAAAAAUCAAUGAAUGAGUUAUUGACUUAUUGUUUUCUAACAUUUUAAACUAAGGAAACGAAAUUUGUUUUGCUUACAAAAGUAAAGCAAUGGAGUUUUUUAAUUUUUUGGCAGACUGUUUAAAAAAAAUGAAAUCUGAUGACACACUACCACGAGUCACAUCCCCACGUAUGUAUAAUGAUGGCAAUAUAACAUUUGAAGGGUUGAUGGUGGUUUUUGCUUCGUUUUCCACUUAUUUGCAAUAUUUAAACAUUUAUAGAUCAGUAUGGUGGUUACCCAAUUCAAAUUAUACUUUAUGGAAAAUACAUUUAAUUGAUUAUCAAGUGGUUACAUUUAUACUAGCUAUGCAUUGUCGAAGAUUUAUAUAUUGCUUAAUAACAUGGGUUUUCCACAUGUUAUGUCCUCAAAAUUAUUGGAAAUUUAUAAGACUGUUCAUUAGAAUAUUUGUUUCAGUCAUGCUGUUUCUUUUUUUAGCCCUAUUGGCAUUUGAUCUCUAUUUAAAGUAUGAUUAUUUAAUAAUAAUUUACUUAUUUAUGCCGAUAAUUGGUUAUUUAUGCUAUUAUGGUUUCAAAGCAUGCCCAUUUUUCGAUAUGAUGUGUAUUAGUGAAAAAGAAAUAAUUAUCAAUGGUAAAUCAUUAAUUCAAUAUACAAAUAUGCACAUAUGUACAUCGAACCCAAAAAUAAUUCGAUCAGAAGUGGAAAAUAUGAGAGAUGAUUUUAAUAAUAGGCUAACCCAAAUACUGUUUUCUUCUUUUUUCUCAGCAUAUUAUGCAUGCUUUUUACCACUAGUAUUUGUACAAACUUAUGUGGUUUAUGAAGAGCAUUGGGUGUUAAUGCAUUUUCCUUUUGUAAUGAUGACUAUGGGCAUGAUGCUAUGCAUUCAUUAUUAUCCUGUUAAGUAUUUUGAUCACUUACAUAAAGCAGCUAUGCACUUGGGUCGUUGGAAGAGAGUAAAAUUAGAUCGCCCUCACUUACCGAUACAUUUAUGGUCAGAAGAAGUGGUAUGGCAACAAGGAUCAUUAGUUCGACAUAAUCAAUGUUUGUAUAAGGCUGAAGGAGUAUCAAAUGUAGCUGAACCAGGAAAAAAUGCUGAUAAAGUUUUUUAUAGAAUUUUCAGUAAUCCUUCAGAAACAAUAUUUUUUACAUUGGCUUCUAUGCAAGUAUCAUUUAUGAUAGUAUUGAUUAUAGCACUGGUCAUCAGUUUUCAAUGGCAUCAUAUAUUUUACCUUUCAUUUGUAAUGCUAUUAAAUUAUGUUACACUGUGUAAGACUUUAUUUAAUUACCGUAUGACUGCCAAGAUAUACAAAUUGUUAAAGGAAAAAACUCAAUAGACUGUUAACAUUUUCUGAAUUGAAAAAAACCUUAAUGUCAGACUUUAUUUUUUUUUUUUUUUUUUAUUGGUUGAAUGUAGGUGUGUUUAAUAACUAGAUUAUGAAAAACUAAUAAACUUGUGCUAGAUUUAAAUUAUAUUAUAAUAUAAGAUUUGAAUGUUAUGUUGUCGCACCCGCAUUUAUUGUCUCCGUCUUAGUAC